AUUUUGGUGGAAGAGAAACAAUAGGACGGAAGCGUCGCGGGACUGGGCUGUGGCCGCAGGUAACGCCCGCCCCGCCCGGCCCGUGGCCUUGUCACCCCGGGGCUCAAGGGAAGAGGUUUUCGGUGCUGUUAGCGGCCGGGCUCCGUGAUCCCUGGGAGGCUUUCCAGAUGAUUUGGGAAAGGGGUCCUCUCGCUGUCAUUGAGAAGCGGUGUCCCCUUUUUCUGUGGAGUCGUUUCUCCCUGUUUACGGGGGGGGGGCAUUGUAUCUUUUAGUCACUGGGGAGAGUAGCGGUUCCCACUGAGGGGAGGGCAGAAUCUCCCCCUCCCCCGGCAUUGGAGAGGGUCUACUGGAACUGGGGGCGGGGGGGGGAGGGGACGACGACCGUGUCUUUCUCCGUUUUUGAAGCGGUCUCCCUGGGUCUUCCGGUGGGCAGGAUCUCUUAUGUCACAGAGGUCCCCGGGCCACCGUCUCCCUGCUCUUUGAGGAUGGGGUCUUUAUCUUUGGAUGAAGGGGUCAGCUCGGAUCCUCAGAGUGUCCUGGCCUGCACAAACCGAGGAGCAGAGAUCAAACAGGCGGCUGUAAGGACAGACAGUAAACGGAGGACGAGCUGGCCUCUGGACCCCGCUGCCUCCCCUUUCUCCCUGCUGCCUGUGUCCGGAGGAUGAGCCCAGCCUUCAGGACCAUGGAUGUGGAGCCCCGCACCAAGGGCAUCCUACUGGAGCCCUUUGUCCACCAGGUUGGGGGGCAUUCAUGCGUUCUCCGAUUCAAUGAGACAACCCUGUGCAAGCCCCUGGUUCCGAGGGAGCAUCAGUUCUACGAGACCCUUCCAGCUGAGAUGCGCAAAUUCACUCCCCAGUACAAAGGUGUGGUAUCAGUAUGCUUUGAAGAAGAUGAAGACAGGAACUUGUGUUUAAUAGCAUAUCCAUUAAAGGGGGACCAUGGAACUGUGGAUAUUGUAGACAAUUCAGACUGUGAACCAAAAAGUAAGCUGCUAAGAUGGACAAACAAAAAGCAUCAUGUUCUAGAAACAGAAAAGAAUCCCAAGGACUGGGUACGCCAGCACCGGAAAGAGGAGAAGAUGAAGAGCCAUAAGUUAGAAGAAGAAUUUGAGUGGCUAAAGAAAUCUGAAGUCUUAUACUACAGUGUAGAAAAAAAGGGAAACAUAAGUUCCCAGCUUAAACACUAUAACCCUUGGAGCAUGAAAUGUCAUCAACAGCAGUUACAGAGAAUGAAGGAGAAUGCAAAGCAUCGGAACCAGUACAAAUUUAUCUUACUGGAGAACCUGACUUCCCGCUAUGAGGUGCCUUGUGUCCUGGACCUCAAGAUGGGCACACGGCAGCAUGGUGAUGAUGCUUCAGAGGAAAAAGCAGCUAACCAGAUCCGAAAAUGUCAGCAGAGCACAUCUGCAGUCAUUGGUGUUCGAGUGUGCGGCAUGCAGGUGUACCAGGCGGGCACUGGGCAACUCAUGUUCAUGAACAAGUACCAUGGGAGGAAGCUUUCGGUUCAGGGCUUCAAGGAGGCACUUUUCCAGUUCUUUCACAAUGGGCGGUACCUGCGCCGUGAGCUCCUGGGCCCUGUGCUCAAGAAGCUAACUGAGCUCAAGGGCGUGUUGGAGCGACAGGAAUCCUACCGCUUCUAUUCAAGUUCCCUGCUGGUCAUUUAUGAUGGCAAGGAGUGGCCAGAAGUAACCCUGGACUCAGAUGCUGAGGACUUGGAGGACCUCUCGGAAGAGUCGGCUGAUGAGUCUGCUGGUGCCUAUGCCUACAAGCCCAUUGGUGCCAGCUCAGUGGAUGUGCGCAUGAUCGACUUUGCACACACCACCUGCAGGCUGUAUGGCGAGGACAGUGUGGUGCAUGAGGGCCAGGAUGCUGGCUAUAUCUUUGGGCUGCAGAGCCUGAUAGACAUUGUCACAGAGAUAAGUGAGGAGAGUGGGGAGUGAGCUUGUUGGCUAUUCCAGUAUCUGAGAGACUUUGUGUCCCCCUGCAGCUGUGCUGUUGGGAAGCAGGCCAGUAUGGCUAGGUGUUGGCCUCUGCAGCCUGGAGCUGAUAAGACAGUGGCCCCUGUGACAUCCCUCCCUCCCCCCGCCUGAGCCGGUCCCAGACGUGCUCGGAGCCUUUUAUUUAUUUUAACUCUUCAACAUUCCAUAUUUGAUGAUGCAGAUACCUCUUUCUUCCCUGAGUGUAAAUGUUCUAAUACAGAUCUUUUUGUUUAUUGUA